CACCAUUAAGAAUAAGAGAAGAGUGAAGAGUUAAUAGAGAGAAGAAAUCAGAAAUAUAUUAUAUCUAUUAUCUUAAUCUCUGAGUAGUUUUUCUCUCAUUUUAUAACACGUUAUCAGCACGAAUUUGCUCAAAAUCCCAGAAUCCUUGUUCUUCUCAGAAGUUAUUCCAUGGCCAACAUCACCAAAAGAGAAUUCGACAUUCUUGAUUUAUCCGGUCAAAGGUACCUGGAAUGGAGGGUUGAUGCACUUGCUCACCUUAAAGCUAAUGACCUCGAAAAUACAAUUGCUGAGAAUAAUACAUCUUCAUCUCAGCAAAAGGCAAAAGCCAUAAUUUUCCUUCGCCACCACCUUCAUGAAAGUUUAAAACCUGAAUAUAAUAAUGAGCUCUUAAUGAAAAAUCAUAACAUGAGGCCCACCGGUUGUACCCCUACAAAUUUUGGUCAUCCUGAUCGUGGUUCAGCACCGGAAUCAAAUGUUGUCCAAGGUGGUGCACGUGGACAUUUUAAACAUGGCCGCGGAAAUAACCGCAACAAAGGGCCGAACAGGGGCUAUAAAAAUCCAAAUGGAUCAUCCUCCAAAGGAAAAGGAAAAUUCAAACCACCACAGGCUAAAACUUAUGAAAAGCCAAAACCAAGUGGUGAAUGCUACAAAUGUGGCAUAAAAGGACACUGGGCGAAUGAAUGUCGAACGGCAAAACAUUUGGUUAAAUUAUACCAAGCUUCCACAAAAGGAAAAGGGAAAAAUGUGGAAGCUAAUUAUGCUGAUGAUAUCAAUCCAAUUUUGCCUAAAUUUGACGUGUCCGAUUUCUACAUGGAUGAUGCUGAAAUUGGUGAUGAAGUGGCCUUUGGUGGAACUACUACUGUUUAAAUAUUUUAAUUUACGCUGUUAUGGUGUGUUUACUUUUAAAAUAAAUGUU